UGGCACAUGUAAUCACUACUUAUAGGUUGCUUAAACCAAGAGCAUUUUCAUAGAACCAUAUUGGUUCAUAGGCAUCGGAGCUACAUCAAUCAAUCAAGAUGACACGUUUCAUACCAUUACUCCUCUGCCUGUCAGUAGUGAUAUUUGUCAAUGGACAAGCAGCUAAUGAUGUACAGAAUAACGAGACUAACGCAGUUGCUGAAGAAGAGAGCGAGGCAUCUGGUGAUGUCCUGGAUAAGAGAGGUGACCAGACAAUGGCAAAUAUUGGAUACCUAUUCAAAGGGUACAGUAUUUUAGAAGGAAAUCCCAUGGAUCCUGAAAAAUUCGAUCCCGGGUUCAAAUUUAAAAUUUUCCAGGCUACAUACGAGAAGAACAGACGCACGGACGAUCAAAGAUACAAGAUCCCGGACAAUAUUGAUCUUGAUGAGAAAGAGGCAUGCAGUUCUACGUACAGCGCUGAGACGGUUAUGACUGAGUCGGAUUACCAGAGAAGUUUGUCCGCCAAAGCUUCAGUGUCUGGAUCCGGACAGAUAAAGGUGGUCAAGGCUUCAUUUUCCGCAAGUGCUGAAUACACGAGAACAACACAAUUGUUGAAAUCGAACACAAAGUCUGUGAUAAAAACAGAGGCAACAUGCGGUGUAUACGAGGCAAGGAUCCAAACUGGAACACCACCUGCUUUCACUGCAAACUUCCUUGAGACUGUUAAACGUUUGGGACGCGACCCAGAAGAUUAUGGCAGGUUUCUGGACUCAUUCGGAACACAUUUCAUCGAGUCGGUCGACAUGGGUGCAAGAUUUGCAAAAUUGCAAACAAUCUCUAAAGAUAAACAAGAAAAGCUUAAAAAGAAUGGAAUUGAUGUCAGAUUUGCUGCAGAAGCGUCUGCUGUGGGAAUCGGUUCAUUGAAAACUGAUCGGCAAUUUAAAAUGAGCAUGGAAGACAAACAGAAAUUCGAGCAAUCAGUAGAAAUGACAAAGGUUGUUUCUAUUGGAUCAAAGCCUCCAGCAAAUGGAGAUCCUCAAGCAUGGAUACAACAAUCAGUGCAAAAGCCACUUCCAAUCUUCUACCGGCUGAAAAGCAUCGUCGACAUUUUUCGACCAGCCUUCUUCAAAGACGAUUCUGUUGACUUCAGAAAGAUAAGAACGGAGCUUUCUCAGUAUUUGCAGGGAUAUUGUAAGAAAUUAAAGUCAUCACGCCUUCCCGGCGUUGAGUGUGAAGGUCCCUCGAAAGGAUGCAGCGGAGGCACCCAAUGCAGUGUCAAUUCAGUCUGUACAGAUAAUGAAAACAGUGGAGAUGAAGACCAUUUGUAUAACUGCAAAUGUAAGGCAGGAUAUCAGGGAGAUGGCAAGAUCUGCGAGAGAAGACUCAAAUGGACCCCAACCGAACAAAUUGAGCAGCAGGAAAACAAAGGUCCUUAUGGAACAUGGGGAGCAAUGGACUAUUGUAAAGAUGGGAGAUUUGCAAGUGGAUUUUUAUUAAAGGCUGAAAAAAAUCAAAAUUCUGGAGAUGACACUGGAGCCAAUGCUGUUUGUUUACAUUGUGGGGAUGAUGAAGUCUGUUCAACCAAAGGCCCGUGGGGUGACUGGUCGGAACUUAUAAAGUGUCCAGAUGGAAGCUUCAUUAGCGGUUGGAGACAAAAUGUCGAGGAUCCACGCGGAUGGGGCUUGCUGAAAGAUGACAGUGCCUUAGAUAAUGUAGAAUACAAAUGCAGAGACAAGGACACCUGGGAGGAGACAGAGACAAUCAAGACUCCAGCGGAGGAGUGGGGAAGAUGGAGUAGGUUUGAGGAGUGUCCACGGGGAGAGUUUAUUUGUGGAAUUAGCACAAGAGUUGAAAGCCCUGGUGGCGAUGAUACAGCAUUGAACGACAUUAGACACAAUUGCUGUAGACCAGUUAUGAAGAAAAAGAAGGCCAGAAAGAACCAGUACUACAAAAGAUCAUGAAGAAAUGAAAAAGGGAAAUUAAUGGUCAAUUAAAAAUCAAAUGAAGUAAUAUGAAAUAAAAUUCAAGCAAAAAGAA